UCAUGGCGGGAAGUAGCAGACUUUUCACGGGGAGCGGGGGGGAUUUUAAUUUUUUGCUUUUCACUGGAGGACUUCAACGAAAUACCGCAAUCAACGAACCGGUGAAAGGACUGUCACAAUUUCACCGUUUGAUGGGCUGUUUAAAAAAUGUCCACGUCUUCAGUAUCAACGGGUUGUUUUGUUUUCAAGCCAAACACCAAGAAGAAGAAAACAAGCUCCCUCAGUUUAGACGACCAUUUCACUCAUGGCUGCAAAGGCGCGGAGACCAGUGACAUACGGUUCAGACUCUUCCAUGAUUUAUGGAAUAAGACAAAAACGGAUAUAGAGAUUUUGCAGGAUGAACUCAACAAGAAAGUCCUGGACAGCUUGCUGGACUUCACCAGGAAAUGCUCCAUCACUCGCCAACACAGCAACUGGGCCUCUCAGAUGAGGGCCAGCGAGAUUCCCACUGCAGCGCUAAUGCUUGGAGUGAAUGUGCCAGACCAUGACAUGACUUUCCAAAGCCUAUCUGAGCUGCUCCAGCAGUCUGUCACUCCUCACGUGGUCUCUGUCCAGGCCAAAGAAUGUGCAGCUUUGAAGCACCUGAUGAAGAGGGUCUUGGAGAGGUUGAUGGACACAUUGGUGGCUGCUGCUGAUGAUGAGGAGGAGGAGGAGAUUGAGGCGGCGGCGUUGCAGCAGAGCGAUACUCCAGUUCACAGGAGCGUGCACUGCUCCUUAAGCGUGCUCUGUGAAUGGUACAAUACACAAACAAAGAAAUCUAGCACUCCUGGAAAAAAGCGCAGUUCUCCAAGUAAAGACCAGUAUCCCCCCGUUGUGAUUAUUUUUAAAGAUUUAGAGGCCUUCAACCAAAAAGUUCUUCAGGACUUCAUUCUCAUCUGCAGUCGAUACGUUGAGCGGCUUCCCCUCAUGUUCAUCUUCGGCAUCGCCACGUCGCCGAGCACCAUCCAGCACAUGUUGCCCCACUCAGUAUCGUCGCUGCUAUGUAUCGAGCUCUUCCAGUCUCUGUCAUGCACUCAUCACUUGGCCACUGUCAUUGACAAGUUGAUCCUCACCCCGAAGUUCCCUUUCAAGCUGUCUGGCAAAGUCAUGCAGGUGCUGAUCAGCCUUUUCCUCUACCAUGACUUCUCAGUGCGAAAUUUCAUCAAGGGUGUGCAGCUGGCCCUGCUGGAGCACUUCCACUCGCAGCCUCUCAGCGUGCUGUGCUGCAAGAAGAAGGAAGCCCUGCGUAAUCUGGCGCAACUCAGCCACGGGGACCUGGAGAGGAUUAGGCAGCUGCCUUCAUUCACCAGGUAUGUUAAUAAGCAGGAAUCCCAAACGCAGGUUCAGCUGUCAGGGGAUGAUGCUUACUUAAAGGAGGUUUGCCACAAGCUAAUAAAGGAUCUUUGUAAAUACCACAAGAACUAUUAUCCCAUGCUGAGGUGUCUUCACGCUUUGACCUCGUCACUGCCUCGCUACCCCCUUGGAAAACAGAUCCGGGAGCUCCAUUUAAUUUGCCUGGAGAAGAAUGUUUGGGAGACGGAGGAUUACCAGUCAGCCAUGAAGCUGCUUAAGAUGUUGGCCAAGGAUGAGUUGAUCGCUUUGCUCCAAAAAUGCACAGAGAUCCUGCAACCCAUCAAGUCAAAAAUGAUGAAGAGCGCCUUUGUCCAGCUGGAAGACAUGCUCAACAAAUUCAAACAGUUGGACGCAGGGGCAAGUGAGGUGGUACGAUUCGACGAAGAGAGCCUCACCUCUCCUUUGAAGAACUUUCAGAAGAAGACCGACCUGUUCCAGCUGCAGAAGGCUCUUCUGGAGAUGAACGAGUCUAGAAGGUCCAAGAAACAGAGUCCAUAUGAGAACCUGCGAAGUGAUGUCUUGGAGUUUAUCGACAACCUCGUAAAGAGUCACCUGCCUCCUCCAGAGUCUCAGACGCUGAAUGAAGUGUGCUACUACAGCUCCUCGUCUUCCGUGAGACGCCACCUCAACGCCACACCCCGCACCUCCAUUCAGGCGGCACUCAGCAGCCCUUACUAUUAUCUUCCGAAUGAGAGCCUACAAACAGAUGACGGGAGUGUCUCCAAUGCAGCGCCUGACAUCUGCAUCGUGCACAAGCUGCACCUGGAGUGCGGCCGCCUCAUCAACCUCUAUGACUGGAUGCAAGCCUACUCAACCGUGGUGUCUGCAGCGGAGGGGAAUGAUCCAGAUUCAGAUAACUUUGGAAAAGUGGAUGACGUCAAACACGCUCGGUUUAUCAGGGCUGUUUCAGAGCUGGAAUUUUUAGGCUUUAUCAAGUCCACGAAACAGAAGACGGACCACGUGGCCCGACUCACUUGGGGUGGAUGCUGACCCAUUGGUCCAAAAACAAACAAAAAAAAUGCCUUGAAGAAACUGUAGUUUUUGUAGUUCUGUCCCUUUAAUUAAAAUUAUUUCAUGCCUCAAA